AUGAGCGAACAAGAAUGGCGUGACCUUCUCGAAUCGCUCGUCGAGCUCCAAGAUGCCGUUGCGGAGGCAGAGGAGGAAAGCUCGUGUACUCGCGAGUACGUGCGUCGAGAGCACUUUCCGUUUCUCGACACACGCUUUCGCCUCUACGACGAGUACUUGGCGACUGGAAGGCCUCAGCAAUUCAUGCAGUUCGUCAGACUGCUUCCAAAUGAGUUUGAGGACUUGUAUGAAAUCAUAGGAGGAAGGCUCCAACACCCUUCCACGCACGCAGGCCCUAUCAAUGGCCGUCAGAGGCUGAUGAUCUACCUCAGAUUUGUGGCAUUUGGGGGAACCUUCGUCUCAUUCGCGCUAGCUGCUGACUGUGGCAGGGAAACGGUUUCUGCUAUAGUAGCGGAGGUCACUGACGUGAUUAUCGAUGAGCUACACGAAAUCGCCUUCCCCCCCCCCUUGACGCGAGAGCGAUUGCAAGCAAUAGCUAACGCCACGCACGAUCGCUACGAUUACCCUAGAGCUCGGCGCAUAAUGGAGUCAACGUUCGGAAUCUUGGCGCGCAGAUUUCAGAUUCUCAUGCAGCCAAUGCAAGUUAACCCUGCAAGGGCGGCUCGUAUAGUUAAGGCAUUCCUGAUUCUGCACAAUCUCUUGCCAAGAAGGCAAGAUGCGCAUGGAGGCCAGCAAGGCUCAAGCGAAGAAGCCCUUCACUCGGUUGAGCGGACGAUCGCCGAAACCGGGGCAAGUGCAGCAAAAGAGAAUGAAGAGAGAGAGAGAAUCACUCUCUAUUCUCUGUAA